UUAUCGAAUGGCGGCGGCGUGGAAGCAGUUAUAUUUUGAUGUGAGGAGGCAUCCACUCAAAACGGUGGUGGGGGUCAAUCACUUGGGAAGAACGGCCUGGGUUCACAGCAUCAUGAAGGACAAUGACAAGAAGAACAUCCUGGCUGUCCAAACUCUCCGGAACUCGAUCAUGGCCUCGACCCUCAUGGCCUCCACCGCCAUCCUCCUCAGCUCCGGCCUCGCCGCAUUUCUCAGCAGCAGCUACAGCGUCAAGCGGCCACUCCAUGGAUUCUCAAGUACCGUCACCGUCCUGGGAGCUCACGACGACAUCACCAUCGCCACCAAGUUCGUCGCGCUGCUUGCGUGCUUCCUCUUCUCCUUCAUUUGCUACAUGCAGUCCGUCCGCUUCACGAAUCACGUCGGUUUCCUCAUCAACACUCCUGUGACGAGUGACUCCAAGAUCACUCCCGACUACGUUGCCGCAGUGCUUGCGCGGGGAUCAAACUUUUACACGGUCGGGACGAGGGGGUACUACUUUGCGUUCCCGCUGCUGCUGUGGCUGUUUGGUCCCAUCCCUGUUGUGGUGGCCUGUCUCUUGCUUGUCCCGUUUCUCUACCGACUUGACUUGGUGACAGAUGAUCAGUGCUAACUUGAAACUCAACUGGUAAACCCCUCGUUUACCAAUAUUU